GUCUGAAGAGAAGUGUCGGGGAUCAGGAAACAACAAGGGAAUUGCUCUGUGAGGUAGAAAAGCCCCACUAAAACGUUUUUUUCAGGCACUGGUUGGAUUUGUGCCGCUUUUCUGGUCUAACAGACUCCGUUCUGUACACUAAAGGAACAGCAUGGUCUCCGUGGUCCUGAACACGGAUGUGAAGCAGGAGGAUGCUGGUAAUGCGGUGGUUGUCGCGGUGACCUCCCGCGCUCUCUUUGAAUCAGGACUGGAGGAUGAUGAUGCUGGAGUCUGGAAACUCAGCCUGGCUUUUCCGCUGCUGCAGGCAGUUCAAAAAGUGAAUGAUUGUCUGCUGGAAAAAAACCCAGCUGAAUCUUUGCUCCUGGACGUCCUCCUAAUCACCACGGACAGCCAGCAUCAGAAGCUCAGUUCUCUCCUCAUCAGCAGCACCAAGCAUCAUGGUCUUGGAGUUGGAAAGUUUUGUUUUGCCAGUGAGGAAACUUUUGUCGACUCUCUCCUGGAGAAUAAUGUUCAGCUGUUUCUGUCCACAAACAAGGAUGAAGUGCAGACGGCAUCCCAGAAAGGUGUUCCUUCAGCAAUGCUGGAAGCUAGAAAGAAGGAUUCAUCCGUUUCCUGUCAAAGAGAAGACCUCAGAGUGUGGCUUGAUGAAGAUUUGAUCUCACUGCGGGAUUCUGCCUCAGAACCUGGAAGCAGACACUCUCCUCAGAGAUUUUUGGCCAAACUGGGCGAGAUUCGACAGAGGUUCAGCGUGUCUGACAGCCCGCUCUGGAUUUCCCUGGUGAUCCUACAUGGGAGCAGAGAAAACUGUGGCAAACGUCUGAAGACUCUGCGGUCUCUUGGCGUCAGCGUGGAUGACGUGUACUGCCUCGCUGGUGCACCCUCUGAGCCGCUCCUGUCUGUGCUGCAACCGCACUUCAGGUUUAACUGCUGCUUCAUGGACUAGAGGGACUAACAUGAUGAAGACACCACGAGACCGUCUGUGGAGCAAACUCAGAUCAUGAACUUUGUAUUUGAAUGGGGGUUUAAGCCAUUUUCCUCUUUGAAUGGGGUCAGUUGAAGUUUUGUCACUGCACUUUAACACCUGCUGUUUUCCUUCCUCAGUGCUGCAAAAUAAAGACUGCAGGCCUCAACAUACA